AAAAGAUCAUUGAUCCUAAAUCAGCAUUUUCCUUUUUCUGAAUGUGUAGAGACGUAAUUAAUGAACUCUUUGCCCUCUUCGCCGGGUGCCGGUGUCUGAGCAGGUAACUUCCAGCUGGGUGAGGGUGGGGAGGUCCUGAAGCUGUACAGCGAGGUGGAGGCGAAGUGUCUGGACUGUCUGAUGGGGGACACGCUGAGACCGUUCGUGCCACAGUACCACGGCUUGGUGAGCAGAGGGGAGAACUGCUACAUCCGCCUGGAGGACCUGCUGAGUGGCCUGAAGAGGCCGGUCAUCAUGGACUGCAAGAUGGGAGUCAGGACAUACCAAGAGGAGGAGCUGACCAGAGCACGGACCAGAGCCGCCCUGCGGAGCGACAUGUACCAUAAGAUGGUGAAAAUAGACCCUUCAGCUCCGUCAGAGGAGGAACACGCAGCGAGAGGCGUCACCAAGUGGCGCUACCUGCAGUGGAGGGAUUCAACCAGCUCUACAUGCACGCUGGGCUUCAGGAUAGAGGGCAUGAUGAUGGACGACGGCAGCAUCCAAAGGGACUUCAGAAAGAUUCUGACUUUAGCUCAACUCACAGAGGCUCUGCUCUACUUCACCAGGCGUCAGCUGGGCAUCUUGAAAGCGUACCACUCCAGACUUCUGGCCUUGAGUGAUGCACUGAUGAAUUCACAGUUUUUCAGAACGCAUGAGAUGAUUGGCAGCUCGCUCCUCUUCGUCCACGACCACAGCAGCAAAGCCAACGUGUGGAUGAUCGACUUUGGGAAGACGACCCCGGUGCCCAGCGUGAGCGAGCUCCGACACAACGUCCCGUGGGCCGAGGGGAGCAGGGAGGACGGCUACCUCAUCGGGCUCACCUCCCUCAUCGCCUCUUUUAACCAGGCCAUUGACGUGGCGUCCUGGCAGCAGGAAGGCAGCUGUGAGGAAGCGCAGACCGUCAUAUGAUGUGCACAGAGGGCUCGGUUUGAGGCCUCCGGCGCCGUUGCGAGUUGGACUCCUGCCUGUGUGACCGGAGGAGUGUCGUGGAAAUCCUGUUCCAAGAAAUUUAUAAGAGGCCUCAGUGUGAUAAUGCAUCUCAAAGUUUACUAGCGUGCCGGCACAGAGUGGAUCCCAACUACAGCACAUCUUAAAGGCAGGACACAUCCUAAAGUGUGCAAAGGAUCCACUGAAGAAGUUAAGACUGACUCUUCUUAUACUGUACAGGGGACGUCCUCCAACAGAUUCCUGUUGUCUACAAUCAGUCUCUAGAUUGGUCACCAACCCGUUGAAUAUCACAAGCCACUGAAUGACAGACAGACACACAUAAACAUCCUCACAUCCUUGUUCCUGUCUGUCUCGUGGAACAUUAAAGUCCUUUUGUUAACACCACACCGUCCUGAGAUCCCUUGGUCACAACUUCCACUCUGAGAACCAAAUGCUUGAUGACCCCCAUCAGGAACAACUUACAGCCAAAAGGCACAGCAUGUCAUCAUUACAAGUUUCCCACAGGAGGAACAAAUAUAUAUAUAUAUAUAAACAUGAAUUAAAGAAGAAGAACAGGGGAUCAGACUUCAGCUAAAAUUCACAGGAAUGUGAUGUGAUAUGUUUUAAAUUCAUAUACUAUAACCCUGGAGACAGUGUUGUUAUCACUUAAGACUUUUUGUCUUUUUUGUUUAAGUAGGAUGCAAAUCCGUUUUUUAUCAAUUAUGUUGAGUUUUUUUUGUUUGUUUGUUUUUUGUUGGGUUGAUCUCAGAAAUAUAUAUAGAAAAACACCAAACGCACAAACAGUCACAUACGGUUGAAAGUGUCAUGUUUUACAGGUUAUAGGUUUGUCCAGCCUCUAACAAGGGAACUUUUUCUAAGGGAACUUUAAAAAACAGGAAACUAUACACUGAUGAAAAGGAUGUAGCGAUAUCAUGAAUUGGAAUAAUUUACAUAUGUAUGAUGCAGUCGUUUGUUUGUUUUUUUUCUGUUGCAUAGAGUUGAAGGCUAACACGCCAUCACAUAUUAGGUGGUCUUAGCUACAGUCUUCACAUGUCCACAUCAAUCAACACCAUUCACUACACUUUCAGAUGUCCAAUAACAAAUAGAACUACAAACGUGUUUACAUAUAACACAGACAUGACUAUUAUUACACACAAAAACUCAUGUUGUUGACAAGAGUUGGUACACCACCAAUUAUUCGGGCUACAUCAUGACAUCUCAGACUGCAGUUAGCAGAAACUUUUCAACAACCAUAUUCAAAAGAAACUUGAAAAAACACAUUAUUGUGUCGCUCCAGAUUCACUCCUUACCGGUUGGUGGCGCUAAUGCACCGGUUGGUUGUUUGUGAAUUACCAAUAAACACCAGGAAAAAGAAAACAACCCCUAUAAAUGAUCACAGACGGAUGACAGAGUAAUAUAAAUGCGUUUGACUUUACAAAACAGCAACAACACAGACAGGUGGUAAUAAAACAUGCGACUCGAAGCAACAACUCGUCUGCAUCGAGGGGGUCGAAGCUUUUUAUAGGUUCGUCUCAUGAAGCCUCGUUUAGCGGCUCAGUGCUGACACAUAGUGGCCAAACUGUGCGGAGCAAACGGACUAUAUCUUUUGAGAUUAAUCAGUAAUGUUAAACUAUGCAUCGGUUUAAUACCGGUACGUAGGUACUUAACCAUGGAAGUUUGCUGAAAUACAAAAUAAACCAUGAGUUUGUUGUAAUAAAUAGUCAAAGAUGAAACCUUCCCCAGAUUGAAGCAUGUUAUAAAAACACGUAACUAUUUGAUUCAUAUACUGAGGAAAAAUGUCUUUGAUUGGA